CCCUUCGACUCCGUUCACCUCCAUUCACACAGUAAAUAAAAGCAUGGAGGCUCUGACUCUCGGGAUCUAACACCGAGCAGCGGGGGGUAAAGACACUGCCGCAUGCGCUCUCCCUUUCACCAAAACACACAGGAAGGACGCAGGCCAGCGGCGGACGCUUUGCCAGUUGGAUUGAAGUCAUUUUACGUGGAAGAGAGGAUUGUAGUUGGCGACCGGAGCGGGGCAGCCCGCCGUGCUGAGCAUGAAGCGGACGGCUGUAGUGGCCAGGCACAAUGGCCUCGUCUCUCCGCUGGGGAACAACAACUCCGGGGCUUCGAGCAUCGUCUCACCACCACAGCCGCGAGCCACUAGCAUCUCCGCUUCUGCCGACAGCGGUGUCGUCGGUGGGAUGGACGGCCUACUGGAUUUCUCCAAAGGCCCCACCGUCAAAACUGAACUGGUCUGCAAAUGGAUUGACCGAACUUCUUCGAGACAGAGGCUUGGGCGGACGGCGACAUCCGUCUGCGACCAAACUUUCAGCUCCAUGCACGAGCUGGUGGACCACGUCACCACCGAGCAUGUAGCGGCGGGUCUCGAGACCCUCAGUCACGUCUGCAUGUGGGACGAGUGUAUGCGCGGCGGGAAGGCGUUCAAAGCCAAAUACAAACUCAUCAACCACAUUCGCGUGCACACCGGGGAGAAGCCCUUUUCAUGCGCAUUUCCCAACUGCGGCAAGAUGUUCGCACGCUCCGAGAACCUCAAGAUCCACACGCGCACGCACACUGGUGAAAAGCCAUUCCAGUGUGAGUUUUGUGAACGACGCUUUGCCAACAGCAGCGACCGGAAGAAGCACUCACAGGUCCACACGGCCUCGAAGCCCUACGACUGCAAGGCCCUGGGCUGCACCAAGUCCUACACCCACCCCAGCUCCCUGCGCAAACACAUGAAGGUCCACGUCAAGUCGUCACCUACCUCUGAACCCCAGGACGCGUACGACUCCAUCGCUCAUCAACUUCAACAACCUCAUCAGGCUCUCCUCGAGCCUCUCGACCUUAAAAUUAACCGCCUCUCUCCGUCACUUGCCAACAGAAAUGCUCAUUUUCCUCUUCUGUCCAAUCAUGAAUUGGAUAUCAGCUCAGCCAGCGAAGUGGACAAUAAGCUGCUGCUGCAGAGUUCAUCUCCAAUGGCAAUGCCUCUGGAUCUCUCUCUGUCAGGCCUGAAGAAUCAGCUGGCCCAGAAGCAGCAGAGUGGCAGGACUCCACGGAGGAGCCAGCGCUCAGUCAACCCAGCCUUACCUCAGUUGUCUAACAUUAAGGAGUGGUAUGUCUGUACCAGGACUACGGCGCCACAUUUUCCUCUACUUCACCCAGACCACAUCAAAUCAGAACCUAGUGAUGACGAGGAGUACGUCACGUAGGAUGGAGGGACUGGUAGACAGACCUCACAUAUUGUCAGACCCAGGUCAUGCCAGAGGUCAUGCUCUGUGGAAUCAUAGUUGCUGUAAUUUCCCAGAACCAGCAGACGUAUGGUUCAACAUCAGUGGCCGUUUUAAAGAUGGAGAGGGCUGUGGGGAGAUUGGAGGCUUUUUUAUUCCCCGUCUCGAAUACUAAUCUCAGCUCGGAGAUUGUCACCAUCUGCAGACCAAAAGCAAUGGCUCAGACGUUGCCAGUAGGGACAGGAGGACUUCCAUCAUUAUGGUUAUCAAACAAAAUGUUUGACCAAAAACUGCAAGUUAUCUAAUCGGUGUUAGUUAGCUAACCUGAACUAACACAGGGGAUAACAUUGUACAAAUGGACCAGGGAAUGUUGGUGACUGCUCUGCUUGCUGUUACAGGAUAUGAAGAGGGUGUGUGUACAUGGUGACCUCUCUAGGGAGACAGAUUAUUGACCAGUUUAUUGAAGAGCUCCACCUAGAUGAAGACAUUUCAAGGGCUAAAUUGACACAUAUGGAAAGGGGUUCACGUUAACCUCGGCAGCACUGUACACAUAGCAACGCAGCACAGGUCUAAAACAGCAGGCAUAGAGGGUGAAGGUGAGUGUGUGCCUGUGGAGGCCUCAGUAGGCUUCAAACUCACUAGUUCGUACAAGGUCAGAAAAAUAUAAAUGUUGUUGGAGGCAGCUGAUUUUGCUCAGAUACUGUAGGGCAAUCCGACAAGCACUUUGUUUGAAGCACGCUGAGGCCUUUACUAACAAACCAUAGGUAGGAACUUGUUCAAAAGUGUUUUGUGUGAUCUAAUCCAGCACAGCAGCCAGCAGUGAAGCCGCAGUUUGAAGACAGAGGGACUGAUUCUUCUUUGUACUGAUCAUCAAGUGUCUCCUUAACCUCCUCAACUCUAUGGACCUUUAAGUGGGUUAAUCACCUGCAUCUGUUUACACUCCCAUUUACAUUUUAGUCAAUACCCCAAGGUUUCCAAAAUGACCAUGUACUGUAAGUCAUACCUAUAUUCCUUUAACAUGAAAAUGUGUAUUAAAAGAUGCACAAGACAUCGAGUACUUUCCCUUUGAUGAAAUGGUGCAGCCAUAAAAAGUGUCGUCAUGGAAUUGAGUUUUGAAUUUUGAAUGUAUUGUGUAAGAUUGUGGUACAGCUUGUCAUUAAUGUUUAAUCUAUGUUUGGAGUUACUGCAUUGAGAACACUUCAGUGUACAUUAUCCAUCCACUAGAAGGUCACGUAAGAAAACAUACCUGAAGCAGAUAGCUUGAACCAACAGUGACAGGAUUUAUAUGUUAUUUUAAAGGACAAUUACAGUUUGUUACCACCCAGGUCUACAACCAGGGUAAAAGUGAAAGUGAGCACACCUGAAAUGUCUCUAAUAAUCCAUCACUGUGUAGGAAAACUGAGUGCAACUGGGUUGGGGGAAAGAAAUAGAUUGGGGAAUAAUUUUACCUUUCAUCUUUGUUUUCUCUUCCAAUACAUUUUAGUUACCAUGUUCCCAGGCUUGUUACUAGGAAUGAUUGACAAAACAGCCAAAACAACCCCCAAGUUGAACAGAACACAAAUUUGCAUGUACUUCUAUUAGAGCAGAACACGUUUUGAGAGCAAGGACAGAAUUGUGUCAGUGGAGUUUUGAUUUUCAAGAGCAGUCAUCUCCAGAUAUGAACAAGCAACUGUUAAUGAAGUUUGUAGUAUUUGCAUGGCAGUGGAACAGUGGCGCUGUCACCUCACAGCAGGAAGGUCUGGGGUUUGAAUCCUGCAGCUGGGAUCUGUGUGGAGUUCUCUCAGGUCUGUGUGGGUUUUCUCCUUCUCCCACGGUCCAAAACAUGCAGGUCUGAUCAGAAACUGAUUUACCUGAGGUGUAAAUGUGUGUGAAUGGUGGCCCCGUACUAGACUGGUAACUUGUCCACAUGUACCAUGCCUCUCACUAGAGGUGUGAAUCCUCGCUGGCCUCAUGAUUCAAUUACCUGUCAUUGAUUUGAAUGAACAACAAUUCAUGAUGCAGAUAAGCGUCUCCUCAGUUCUUGGCUAAUGAGCUGGGCUCGCUGUAUUCUUUAUGACUGCAGACUGCAGCUCAUGUUCCUCAAAUUCUCUGUAUUCCCAAAGCGUUUCAUUUUUGUGAGGCAGAUUUUACACACAGCACAUGUCUUGUCCAGUUCUUGCUUCCCAGUAAGUUCAUAAAAUCCAAAAUGUCCACUUUCAAAAUAUUGGUUGGCUUUUUUAUCACUCGCUGUAGAUCUCUGCCUCCCUUCCCCAAAUCGCCCAACUUAUAAAAGUAACGUUAGCCUAACUCACCCACAGUUCAAUGCAAGAUAGCGAGGUUGCAACGUCGUGCUGUAACUUCACAACUUUAUUGUCCAGCUGAGCCUGGAAAAUCAACAAUCAACAUUAGUAGGCUAUAAUUUUGUGUAGGCUGCUAACCCCUGAUUAUGUUCUGUCACUGCUUCCAUGCAGAAUCUACCGCGUCCGCAUCGCAAUGCAUCUUAGAAUCGUACCUACCUCUCACACAAUGUGAGUUGGGAUAGGCUCCAUCUUUCUGUUACCCUGCACAGGAUAAGCUGGUAUAGAUAAUGGAUUGAUGGAUAUUCCUGGCAUGUAACCACAAACUGAGAGGAGGAUAAAAUCUGUUGCAUUUGACUUGGGAGUGGAUUGUCAUUAUGUUAGGCUCCAUUGGCUUUUAUGUCAGAAACACUUAAAAGUAUAGGCCUAACUAUCAUGUGGGGGAAACUGAAGCAUGUUGAAGGCACAUGAUCAACACAGAUCUUAAACUCGGGCUGCAAGAAAUCAGGUUGUUGCUGUCUGCUACCUUAAAUCUUGACCUACAGAUUCAUUCAAUUUGUUUUUUAAACAAUAAUUUGACUUGAUAGAGCAUACAUAUCAGAGUUUAUGAUCACUGAACAGCACAUCAUUGUGUUCCUUUUAGGAAGUGUUUUAUUGAGAAAGGCUGUCUCAUGCAGUAUCACAUCAUUGAAGGAUUCUAAUCACCCAUACGUUCACUGAUCCAUUCAUUCUGUCUAUAAAAAAUGUUUAUGGAUUCAGGGCAACUGUCAUGAUCUCCAGUGAUGACCUGUAUCCCCACCCCAACCCUCUGAUUUAGCAACACUAAGUUGCGUUCAUCAUGUGUGAGUAAAUGAGUGACUAAGAAAUGAAAUUAAAAGAAAUUAUUAGACUGA